GUCUCCCCCCUCGUCACUGUUCCCUUCUUCAACCGUCCCGUAGGGUUUGCCGCUCUCUCUCCUCUGCCCCUCUUCUUCUCUCUUCUGUCUUCCCCUCUCUCGCCAUCUUCCCUGCAGCUAUCCUCUCGAGUCGGCCCCCACUCUCAUGAAGAACACACCACGACGGUCGUCCCUCUGAUCGUUCAAUUCACUGGAGCAGAGUUGCACUGGCUUGUAAUAUAAAUAAAAAAGGUGGCUUCACUUCAGUGAAUUUGUGCUGUGAUCCUCAUGAGAGGGUAAAGGAGAGGGUUAUGUACAGUAUGAACGCUAACUGCGUCACUAGGUUUUCCGGUCUAUCCUCAAUGGCACAGCUUCUGUGAGAUUUAUCGGAGCUAGUUUUCUUUCUUUGCUUAAUUUAGUUUUCUCACCUCGUGUUCCAACGAGUUGUUAGGGAUUGAUCUAGCAGUAACAGAUACAUAUGGAAUUCAGAAUCGCAAAGGCAUUGGAUAGUGCCAGCAAUCAAGGGAUUUUGCUGAAAGCAAAGAAAAAACGGGCAGCACAUGCAGCAUUUACCGGCAACGCUGCUCGUGCUGCCCUGGGCAUGUGUAACUUGCCAGCAAAGAAGGUUGGCAAGCGACGGAAACUGAAUGGGUUUAAUGGGGAAUCUGCACGUUGCGGGUGCAUUUUCCAGAAAUCCAUCGCGAGAUACUACUCGAAUUUCAUCAGAACUGGGAUACCACAGCGUUUGAUGUUUUAUCAGAACGGUGAAUGGACUGAUUUUCCACAGAGUCUAGUGGGCAUGAUCAAGAAGGACUUUCAGAUGAAGAAGGCUGCUAUUGAGGUUGAGUUGAAUGGUUAUAGUAUCCUUCUAGAUUUUUUGCAUAUGUUCCGUGUAGACUUGAAAACAGGUUCCCAGCAACCUAUUGCCUGGAUUGAUGAAGCUGGUAGCUGCUUUUUUCCAGAAAUUUUUGCCGAUGAUAGCUGCCAUCAUCAAUUUGGUAGGCACGAGGAUCAUCUAUACAGGGACUCUUCUGGUCCUCGAGAGUUGAAGCUGCAGCUGGAAAUUGACAUUAAUGGAGUAGACUUGAGAGAAUGCAGCGGGGAAUCAAAUACUCUUGAAGAGAACAUACAAAAUGAUCUGAAGCCUGCUGGCAACCAAAUGACAGUGGCUGUGGAAGAUGCCUGUUACAGGGUUCCUGAUCAGAAAAGAGCUGAUACGGUUGGGGUGAAUGAGCAAAUGGAAGCAAAUUUGGUUCCUGUGGUUAAUCCUGUUGAGGAGGAAUUAGACCCUGACUUUGUGCAGAAAAUGUUCCUUGUGAACAUUACCUCUUUUGGUAGCGUGGACAUAGUUGAUUCCCAGAGCUGUUCAAGUGCUUUGGGGCAGGCACGGUUUGAGCUCUUUCAUAAGCAAGCUGAAAUUACAAAGAAGCAUCGUGGUGAUGCCAAUAUCCAGUAUGCAUGGCUUGCUAUUACAAGCGAAGCGUUAUCUUCUGUCAUGACAUACGGUAUUGGAUCCUGUGGAGCUUUGACAAAUAAGUCCAUAUACGGCACUGGUGUUCAUCUUACAUCUGCAAACUACCCUAACAUCAGUGCGAAAUAUUGUGAUGUUGACGAAAAAGGGAUUCGGCACAUGGUAUAUUGCCGUGUAAUAAUGGGAAAUAUGGAGCAUGUUCAUCGUGGAUCUAAACAAUUUCAUCCAAGUAGCGAGGAGUUUGACAGUGGAGUGGAUGAUCUUCAAAACCCGACACACUAUGUAGUCUGGACUAUGAAUGUGAACACCCACAUCUAUCCAGAAUUUGUUAUUAGUUUCAAACUACAACUCGAUGUUAAAGGAAAUUUGAGUGGAAGUGGGAGUAAGGUUGUAUCGGGCGUGACGACAUCUUUGAAAGGGCCUAAGACGCAAUCUAAAAUGGAUCCAUCCACAAUUAAUCCGGAGACCAAUAGUGAGCCAGAUUCAGACAAUGGGGGCUCACCAGGGAGAGCUCCUACUAUGGGUUCAGUUGCUCCAAGGGUGCCUAGAUCUCCUUGGAUGCCUUUCCCGAUGCUCUUUGAUGCUAUUGCUGAGAAAGUUUCUCCUGAGAACAUGGAUAUGAUCAACUCAAACUAUAACUUGUUCAGGGUUAAGAAGAUAACACGGGAUGAGUUUGUCAAGAAAUUGAGGUUUAUAGUUGGCGAUAAUCUAUUGAGAUCUACUAUAACAGGCCUUCAGUGCAAGAUUCCAACGAAAUGUGAAGUUGAAGUGAUGGAGCAGAAUGUGAAGGGCUUAGGUGGGUACUGAUAUGGCACCUCAGGCUUUCUCCAUGGUAUGCUGAUCUAUAAUUUCGGAUGAAUAUCCAAGUUUCAUCCUUUGGGGAUGGACUUAGCUGUAGUUUCCCGAAAAAUGUGUCGACAUGAAGUUACCUUGUUUUGCUUGUUGGCUGGACAGUUCCUAGGUUUUCAGGAUGCUGAAGCUUCUUGUUACUUCUGUUCCUAUCAGUUGAGUUCUGGUGUUUAUGAAGGGUUAUAGAAAGCCUUUUGAACUAGGGACAGGUAGUGGUGUCAUGUUCAAGGUAAUCGUGUGUACUCUUCAGACUAUGCGCAAGUUUGAUUUUAACGAUGGAUGUUAUCUUUUCUCGUGUCU